AUGUUUGCGAAUUGCACGUACGCAAAUGAUGAAAAGACUGCAGUGAUUUGCAAUGGUACACGAUUUAUAGAGCCUGAAGCUCCCUUGACUUAUCUUGACAAGGAAUUUUGGAUGUAUCUUGGCAUAUAUGUAGGAUUAGUAUUAUUUGCCGGUCUGAUGUCUGGUCUGACGAUGGGUUUGCUUUCCCUUGAUGUCAUGAGUUUAAAAGUUCUAAAAGAAGGUGGAAAACCUAAAGAAAAAAAAUACGCUGCCAGGAUUCUACCAAUUGUUAAAAGACAUCAUUUAUUGUUGGUGACAUUAUUACUAGCAAAUGCUGCUGCGGUGGAGUCAAUGCCGUUGUUUUUAGACAGAAUAUCAGAUCCUAUCACUGCUAUAUGUGUUUCAGUAACUGCUGUGUUGCUAUUCGGAGAAGUUUUUCCACAAGCACUGUGUACACGGUUUGGUCUGGCAAUUGGAGCUACUCUCGUACCUUUGGUAUAUUUCCUGAUGGCCUUGUUAUUUAUUAUAUCAUGGCCAUUAGCUAAGUUACUGGAUUGUCUUCUUGGUAAAGAUCAUGGAACUUUCUUCAGAAGAGCAGAACUUGGUGCAUUGGUUGAUUUGCAUACUGAGAAGACCUCAGACAAUGAAGAACCAUUAACAAUGGAUGAAGUAUUGAUCAUAAAAGGUGCAUUAGAUAUGAGAAAUAAAACUGUUAAGAACUCGUUUACUCCAAUGGAGAGUGUCUUCAUGGUUGAUAUCAAUGAUAAGAUGGACGACCAAUUAAUGAACCAGCUAUUAUCUAGGGGGCAUUCCAGAGUACCAGUGUAUGAAGGUCAUCCCAAUAACUUAAUUGGUGUUUUACUUGUUAAAACAUUAAUUAAAAUAGAUCCUGAUGACGCUAUUCCGAUUAAGGAAAUCUUUAUAAAUCAUUCACGCAAACUUCCAGUUGUAUCGGAAAACAAACCACUUUAUGAUUUGUUAGAUUUAUUCCAAACUGGAAAAAGUCAUAUGGCAGCAGUCAGAAAAGAGGUAACAGUGAUAGAGGAGCAUGAUGGGAAUGCUAUCAACACCACUGAUCAAGGUUUACAGGAAAUUAUUGGGAUCAUAACUCUUGAAGACAUUAUUGAGGAAAUCUUACAAGAAGAAAUUGUUGAUGAAACCGAUGUCUAUGUUGAUGUACACAAGCGUAUCGGUGUAGCCAAGGCCAAGUUAGCAAGGUCAUUAUCAGCAGACCCAACAAAAAUACAAAGACUUCAGAUACCACCACCUCAUCUUCUCAUUAAUGCUGAAGUCAUAGAUUCAACUUCAUCCGUAAAUGACGACACACGACCGCUAUUAAACACUGAAUCAUCAACAGACGCACCUAUAUGUUAAUUCAUUUCACCGAAUAUUACAGAGUGAUGGAAAAGAACAGCAUGCUAAUACAACACAUAUUGGAAUAAAUACUGCCAUCAAUGAUGAUACACCACUACUCAAUAAUGAAGAAGUACCAAACACUGAUGAAUUGGAUAACUUGUAUGCAUGACAACCUAGCUAUCAUUUAUGUACACAUCAAGUCAAAACUGAAUCAAUUGUAAAUUGAAAUCAUGAAAUUUUUUAAAUAAAUACAAUUUAUUGCCAUAUGUACAAAAAUGCAAUUAUUAAAAGUUACAUUAACAGAAGUAUAAAAUGCAGAUAUGAUUGGAAAGUAGAAAUGUUACUGUGAUUUUUGUAUAAUCAUGCCAUAAAAUAAUUUAGUUUUAAACUUUUAUGAUGACGAAAAUUUACUUUUACCCACGGUAACAGUAUUUGCCCAGAAAUAAAUAUUCAUAUUUCUGGUCUUUGUGUGCAUCACAAUUUUUCUAAAGUUUUUUUUGUUAGGAAUUUCAGACACAGAAAAAGAAAAAAACAAAGUAUUUUUAAGAGAGUUUAAAGGAGAAUUCAUGAGUGUACAGAUAUAUACUUACAGUCGAGUAAAUUGCACAAGGGGCUAACUAUUUAAGAAUGGGUGCUGUAUCUUUUAUUUUGUCAUGAAAAUACUUUACACUGUUGGUCUUUCUGGGAACUGAUGCUUAUAAUGUAAUAGAAUUCAAUAAUUCCAAUAAAUAUACUUAACUAUAUUUUAUAAAGUUAUUCAAAUAAUGUACUAUGCAUUAAAUAAAAUAAAUCUCUACUACAAAAUAGUA